AUGGGUGUCUCGCAUUCGUCCCAGGAGGCGUGGGAGCGCGAGAGCAGGAGCGAUUUCUGGUGGACGCAGAUGCAGGAGGGGUACCAGAAUCAGAGUGUCUUCAACUGGGACCAGAUCAAGCAGCUGCACCAGAGGUUCCGGCUGCUGAGCGGAGACCAGCCCACCAUUCGGCCCGAGAACUUUGACAACGUCCUGGACCUGGAAUUCAACCCGAUCCGCUCCAGGAUCGUCCGCGCCUUCUUCGACAAUCGGAACCUGGGCAAGGGGACCAGCGGCCUGGCGGAGGAGAUUACCUUCGAGGACUUCCUGACCAUCAUCGCCUACUUCAAGCCGCUGCGCUCCCACUUAAACAAGGAGGAGGCGGAGCUGUACCGCCGGGAGAAGAUGCGCUUCCUUUUCCACUUGUACGACGAGGACGGCGACGGGCUCAUCACGCUGCAAGAGUACCGCAGGGUGGUGGAGGACCUGCUGUCGGCGAACCCGCAGGUGGAGCGUGUAUGGGUGCGCUCCGUUGCCAACUCCAUUGCGUGCCGCGCCUUGAAUGAGGCGGCCAGGGCGUCAGACCAGCCGCUGGAGGAGGGCCAGCCAUACCAGGGCAUCACCUUUGAGGACUUCGUCAAGACCUGGCAGGGCAUCGACUUGGAGGUCAAGAUGCAAGUAAGUUUCCUGAACCUAGAAGCCUUGGCCUUAUGCCAGUGA